AUGGGUUGUGCUCCAUCAUGUACACCAUCAAUCGGAGUUUCAAAUAAUGUCAAUAACAAGAAAGAAGAAAUAUUCUCAGAAUUCGCUCCUCCACCACCUAUUCCACUCUCCAUCGGAAGUGGUGUUCGAAAAAUGUUGAAUAAAGACAAAUCGAUAAUAUUUAUAUUCGGUGGUCCAGGUUCCCAAAAAGGGAUAAUCAUAGAAGAAUUAAGACGACGUUACGACUUCGUCACUAUCAGUACGGAUGAUAUUAUUUUCAAUUAUUUGCCAACGAAAGUUGCGAACACAGUUGAAAAACCGAGUGAAAUCAUAAAUAUGCUUAAAAAUGAUGCUGGUGUGUUAUCGCUGGAUUGGAUUUUUUCAAUGAUAAGCGCUAAGCUAUCAACUUCAUAUCUGCAGCGUUUCAUAAUAGAUGUCAUCCCCGAAAUCUCAAGUAUUAUGCGAUCUGAUUGCUUUCUGAACUCUAAUAACUUCAGAGCAUUGGAAAACUUUGAAAGAAGAAAUCCUGUGAUGUUUGCGUUAGAAUUAAAUGUCUUUGAUGAUGAAAUAUUGGAACAAACAACAACAACAAACAAAAACAAAAAGGAACCAGAAUUAAGUAAAGAAUUAAAUAAUUUUAUGCAAGGAAUGGACGAUAUUGAUAAAGGUCGUUUACAGAAACGAUUAGAAGCUUAUCAUCGAUGUUCUUCGCCGUUUAUUCGAUAUUUUGCUCAAACGAAACGAAUUAUUCGAUUAACUCUGAAUGGAAAAACUAAAAAUGCUGCCAGUACCGUUACAGAUAUCUUAAGAGAUUUCGGUUUCACAUAUCAACGACAGACACAUAGAAUUUUAUUAUUUGCAAUGAAAGAACAUCUAUUCAAUGAUAUUGACUUGGAAUACUAUAGAUUGAGGAAAAUACGUUUAGGAGAUAUUGUAAAAGACAAAUCAGUAGAUGUGAUCGAACAAAUUCAUUCUUUGCAACAAUUUCUGGAAAGAACUGCUGCUUCUGAUGAAAAUUUCGCCAUUUCACUCGAUUCAAUAAGAAGGCCUGAAGAAAAGGUAAACAAACGAAUUAUGUUUUACGACCGAGUUAGUGCUUAUCUCGAUCAAUUUAUCCAAAAUCGUAGCACACUAAGAGCUCCAACGCAUAGAGAGAGGGUUCAAGUUCAUGUCAUUAGUUCACCAGGGGACCAAAUUCUGCUUUUCAUGGAUCCUUUUCAUGAAAAAGUUUUGCGAGCUAUUGGUGCUGCUUAUAACACUCUCCAAAAUGAUUGUCGAGCUACUCCAUCGCCAGCACCAUCAGUUCAUCCAGAGGAAAGUUGA